AUGCCUCUUUUGCUCCCAGAAUUUGCUUCAUUGCACAAUAGAUUGAUCCAUGUCCUGCCACAGAUUGAGGCUCUCAAGAAUGUCGGUGGCACGGCUGGCAUCUCCAUUGGCGUCAUGAGCCACGGACACGUCGUCUUAGAGACCAACCUCGGCUUUGCCAAUGUCGAGCGCCGUCUCGUCGCCAACUCAAGCACGAGAUAUCCCAUAGCGUCUCUUACAAAGGCCUUUGUCGCGGCCACAAUUGCGCAGUUGGUCGACGAGGGACUUCUCAAGUGGGAUGAGCCCUUGACCAGCUACAUCCCAGAACUCGCGUUUGAGCACAAUCCAUCACUUACCGGUCAACUCUCUCUCAUCGACAUCUUAUCGCAUCGGACAGGACUUGCUCGACUCGACGCCCUCUGGCUAGGCGCCGACAGCCAAACUAUCAUGGCCAAGAACUUCACAGUUGCGAUGUGUAACCUCUUGCCAUCCGUCCACCCGGUCCGCUCGAAAUGGCUCUACAACAAUUGGAUGUAUGCGCUGGCGGGCGAGGUAAUCGAGAGGGUAACAAACCAGUCUUGGGGCCAAGUGCUCUCUACCAGAGUGCUAAACCGGCUCAAUCUCUCACAUACCACAGUCAUCGCUUCUGAGAUCCCCCCGGACUCAUUGGCGCUGCCAUACAUGGUCCUCGAUGAUUCCACUCUAGUACAGGUUGGUAAGAUGGGCCUCACUGACGGCGACGUCAUGACUUCGGCAGGCGGUAUGCGCAGCACCGUCGGCGAUCUUCUCACCUGGGGCAACAGUCUCCUUUCGCUCUUCCGGGAUGACGAGACACCGCUUGCCUCUCUCAACACCAUCUUGUCCGGUCACAGCUUCAUAAACAGUAUCGCCGUAUCGGACGAGGUUUACGCACUGGGCUUCGCAAAGGUCAUCACCCCGGCGCAAUUUGGUAAGAUCAGCUUCAACCCUAGCCUCCUUGAGGCCAUGCCCGUGAUAGGGGCAGGAUCGAAGCCGGAGCAAGUCUUCUAUCACAGCGGCGCCGGCGCUGGCUAUAAUCACUGCUUCAUGCUGGUCCCGGGGUCUCAGUCCGUCAUUGUUGUCCUGACCAACUCCGUCUCCCAAGGAGACACUGCCGACUGGGUCGCUCAAUCGCUCCUCCAGGUCAUCUUGAAUGAGAAACACCCGCUCGACUUGAAGCCAUUUGCCGAGCGAGCCGCAGCCAAGUGGAGAAGAACUCACCACGAAAUGACGGAAGCUCUCGAAAAAGAUUUUUCGCAAGCCAGACUCGCCAGAGCCUAUGCACGAAGCUCUCCAAGGCAGGUAUUGGCACAGAACCCGCGCGCUCUACCUUGA